CAGGACUGCAGACUUAAAAGCCCUGAAACACAGAAACUCAACUUUCUUUGGAUUUAAAGAAGCGUUUUCUGCUCAUUUUUGGCCUCAUUGAAGUGAAAGAUUGCUGAACCGAUUGGCUGACAGUCAGAUUAAAGGGCGAAUUCACGCAGAAAAUGGAAUUCAUCAGGAAACGUGUGGCAGCCGUGUAAUCUCAGACACAGCUGAUAUUUCACUGCAGGCACGGUCAAGAUUUUGUUUAGCAGCCGGCCAAAAGUUGCUCCAGCAGAAAUGAGACUCUACUUGUCUUUUUUAGUUGUCUUCAGUCUUUUUGUGUCUCAGUGCCAUGGCGGCUGUGCCGAGGUGGACUCCCUGACUGAGGCCGUGGCGGGAGAAGGAUUCCUGCUGGGCUGCAUCUCCUGUAAGACAAGAGAGGAGGUCCGUGCCCAAACCACCGUAGACUGGCAUUUCAAACCUCUGGGAGAGGAAGAGUUCAGGCAUAUUUUCCACUAUGACCACCCCACAGCCGACAUCCUCCAUGAAGAUUUCAGCGACCGCCUGGAGUGGCACGGCACACUAAACGAUGAUAUUCAGACAGGUGCCAUUUACAUUAAUAACAUCACCUUCAAUGACACGGGGACAUAUCGCUGCACCUUCCACCGCACCCUCUUUCUGCCGCUGUCUCCUGAGCAGGUCACUGUGGAGAAGGAGGUGGAGCUUAGCGUGGUGGCUGUAGCCAAUCGGGAGCUGGCAGACGUGAUCUCAGAGAUAAUGAUGUAUGUGCUGAUCGUGGUUCUGCAGCUGUGGCUCAUUGUGGUUCUGGUCUACUGUUACAAGAAAAUCUGGGAUGAGCACGAGGCUCGGGAGGCACGUAAAGCUGAAAAGGCUCAGGCGGCACAGUUGGAAUCCAAAGAUAACUGUGACGGGGUGCAGCUAGACUAACAUCAGCGGUGAAAAGCUGCACUGUGAUUUUGACGGCAAUGACACGAUGACCUUGACCUUGAAAUUGAGCACAGAGCAGAAGAUCAGAGCACAUUUUUCUUUGAAACUGACCUGUUCUUCUCAUUUCCACCUUCAUGUUUUUUGUGGACUCUGCUAGAGCUGCUUUGCAUGAUUAAAGUUCAAAAUAAUCCUUGUUUAUUCCAUGCUGGGCCUUGGUGCAGCCUCUCAGUUCACCGUCUGUGUUUUAGCUCCCUUUCAACCCAAGAUUCUUGUGAUUGGCUGCCCCUCAUAAGAAGUAGAUUUGAACAUGGGAAUGGGGCCUUUGUGCCUGAGAUUACCUUAUUAGGGAUAUCCCCUCUCUCUGACAUACAGACCUGAGAGUGGAUAAAUCUGAGUGCUCAGAGCAGUCUGAAGUCUGUGCUUUGGGCUCACUUAUACAUAAACUGACAUGAAUUUUGGAAAGUUUGGCCAUGUUUAAUAUGAGCAUUCACCACUGUAACAUUAAAUAUAUAACAGUAAAAAGGAAAAAGUCCACUUUGAAUGCAGGGGAAUGUGGGUCAGUAACACUUUAAGUUUGAAUUAAGCUGCAAGCAUUAAGCAUCAAGAUUGGCGAUGGACAAAGUGGAGCGUUCAAAGACAGACUGCACACAUUACUGGGUGACAUCAUAGAGUCCAUAUGAUAAAGCUGCAUUCACACUGCAUGUGAUUCUUUCAUCGUGCAUCACUUUGCAGCUGAUGGUUGGUUGUUUGCACACAUUAUAGGCUCUGGUUGCCUAGGUAACCCUCUAAUGUAUUUACUGCCAGGUCAUAUGUCAGUCAGCAAUAUCCUGCUCUCUAAGUGGUAGUUGCUUCAGUUGCUCUGCUUGAAGUUGAGAAAGGUUUAUCUUGUGAAUUGUCAAUAUUGCAUUUCCAGCAAUUAUUUCACCCAUAUUUGCUUGAAAUGGACUGACAGCAGUUUUAUAAUACUUUCUUACUACAAACCUCAUUCACCCGUCAUACGAGUGCCUUGUCAAACAUUCACACUCUGAUGGAUUCAAUAUCAGAUACUUUGACUAGGAGAGCUGGGAAUUGAACCACUGACCUUCUGAUUAGUACAUGACCCACUCUACCUCCUGAGCCACAGCCUAACCCGUGAAGCACGUCUUUAUUUAGCCAUCAAAGUUUGUAAAUUACCUUCAAUAAAGUUCAUAUUUUUGUUAA